GCCACCGGCCAGCCUCUCUGCCUCCCCCCUUUUCUUUUUUCUCCUUCUCCGGUUUCCGUUGAAACCCGCCGUUACCGCACGGUUCUCCGUGACCCCGCCCACCCCCGGAGGACACCGGGCAGAGUAACGGACGGAUUACCGACUUUCAGAAACUUUCUGUCCCGGACCAGUCCGCGGCGGGCCGCAGCACCCCCUCCCCUCCACCACCACCUCGGCCCAAAGCCUUCCUGUCCCCACCGACGGCCUCCGGUACCGGACGGUGACGUGUUCCCGGAUUAAAGUGGAGCUGGAGGUUCCGUCACACCGGAGCUGACCCGGUUAGUUCGGGUUUAACUUUCCUGUGAGGGGGGAGCAGCGCCCCCACCCCGCGCCACCGCCUGGCUGUCCCGGAACCGACAGGCCCGCAGCUCCAGCUCCAGCACCGGUACCGGAACCAGCAGCAGGACCCUCCAGACUUAUUCUCUCGUUAAUUGUUCGGGACCGGAUGGGUACAGUGUGACCGGAUCAGCGCGUGGCCUUCACGAGACUGUCGGCACUCUUCCGAUCCGGUAGGAUACAAUGUGUGUAUUUUUGCAUAUGGACAGACAGGAGCAGGAAAAAGCUACACCAUGAUGGGAAAACAGGAACCGGAUCAGGAGGGCAUUAUACCACAGCUCUGUGAGGACUUGUUUCAGAGGACUGGAAAAAACAUAGAUCCUGACCUGACCUACUCAGUGGAGGUGUCCUACAUGGAGAUCUACUGUGAACGGGUUAGGGACCUGUUGAACCCAACUUCACAGGGGAGUCUGCGGGUCCGGGAACAUCCCAUCCUGGGGCCUUACGUGGAGGACCUGUCCAAGCUGGCUGUGACGGGAUUGGCGGACAUCCGGGAGCUGAUGGACGAAGGCAACAAAGCGCGAACUGUCGCAGCCACCAACAUGAACGAGACGUCAUCCAGGUCUCACGCUGUCUUCACCAUCGUCUUCACUCAGAAACACAGAGACCAGCUGACCAGUCUGGACACAGAAAAGGUCAGUAAAAUCAGUCUGGUAGACCUGGCUGGAAGCGAGAGAGCAGAUUCUUCAGGGGCAAAGGGCACCCGACUAAAGGAAGGAGCAAACAUCAACAAAUCUCUCACCACGUUAGGAAAAGUGAUAUCAGCACUAGCUGAGAUGCAAAGCAGCAAGAAGAGGAAGAGUGACUUCAUUCCCUACCGAGACUCGGUGCUCACCUGGCUGCUGAAGGAGAAUCUUGGAGGAAACUCUCGCACCGCCAUGAUCGCUGCUUUAAGUCCUGCUGACAUCAACUACGAAGAAACUCUGAGCACUUUGAGGUAUGCCGAUCGGGCCAAACAGAUUCGCUGUAACGCUGUAAUCAAUGAAGAUCCAAACGCCAAACUGAUCCGAGAGCUGAAGGCCGAAGUGGGUCGUCUGAGGAACCUGCUGUUCUCUCAGGGUCUGCAGGAGCUGCUAGACAGCACCAUCCAGAACACCGUCAACAGCAUCAGCCCUGGAGGGGCUCCAGGGGCCCCACCCACCCCCCUGCAGCUGACUCAUACAGCCAAUGGAAUUGCAGCUAAAGUAGACCCCACCCCUCCAGAUGCUGAAGCGGUGCCUUCAGGAGAAGCUCUCGCUGACUCUGACCAGCUCAUAGAGGACGCAGUGGAGAGACAGGAGGCGGUUGCCACGGAGACUAUCAGUAAGGAGGAAGCAGCAGAGAGACUGGUGGAAACCGAGAAGAUCAUCGCUGAGCUGAACGAGACGUGGGAGGAGAAGCUGAGGAAGACGGAGUCCAUCCGUCUGGAGAGGGAGACGCUGCUGGCUGAGAUGGGCGUGUCCAUAAAGGAAGACGGAGGGACGCUGGGCGUCUUCUCUCCUAAAGGAACGCCUCACCUGGUGAACCUGAACGAGGACCCUCUCAUGUCCGAGUGUCUCCUCUACUACAUCAAAGAAGGAUUCACCAGGGUUGGACAGCAGGACGUGGACAUUAAACUUUCAGGCCAGUUCAUCAAAGAGAUCCACUGUGUGUUCGUGAGUGAGACCAACGAUCAGGGAGAAGUGGUGGUGACUCUGGAGCCGCUGGUGGGAGCCGAAACCUACGUGAACGGGAAGCAGAUCGACGAAGCUGUGGUCCUGAAGCAAGGUAACCGCAUCGUGAUGGGGAAGAGCCACGUGUUCCGCUUCAACCACCCGGAGCAGGCUCGGCUGGAGCGAGAGCGCAGCGCCACGGCCGACCAGCAGGGGGAGCCGGAGGACUGGAACUACGCUCAGAAGGAGCUGCUGGAGAAACAGGGCAUCGACAUCAAGCUGGAGAUGGAGAAGAGGCUGCAGGACGUAGAGACUCAGUACCGCAAAGAGAAGGAGGAGGCGGAUCUGCUGCUGGAGCAGCACAGGCUGUAUGCAGACAGCGACAGCGGAGACGACUCUGAUAAACGCUCCUGUGAGGAGAGCUGGAGGCUGAUCUCCUCUCUGAGGGAGAAGCUUCCUGCCAAUAAGGUGCAGACCAUAGUGAAGCGCUGCGGUCUCCCCAGCAGCGGGAAGAGGAGGGAGCCCCUCAGGGUCUACCAGAUCCCUCAGAGGAGGAGGAUCAGUAAAGACCCCAAACGGGUCACCAUGGAGGACCUGCGCAUGCAGGCCGUCAAGGAGAUCUGCUACGAGGUGGCUCUGGGAGACUUCCGUCACUCCCGUCAGGAGAUCGAGGCGUUGUCCAUCGUGAAGAUGAAGGAACUCUGCCGCAUGUACUCCAAGAAGGACCCCAGCGAGAAGGACAGCUGGAGGGCCGUGUCCCAGGACGUCUGUGACACCGUGGGCAUCGGCGAGGAGAGGAGCCCCCCCACCGAGGAGGGAGGAGGUGGGGGAGAGGCAGGAGAGGGAAAGGAGAAGGGAAAGGUGUACGACCUGAAGGCCCACAUCGAUAAGCUAACGGACAUCCUGGAGGAGGUGAAGCUGCAGAACAACAUGAAGGACGAGGAGAUUAAAGCUCUGAGAGACAGAAUGAUCAAGAUGGAGAGCGUCAUACCUGUUCAGGAUGACGACAUCAACGGAGAAGGAGGCGAGGGUCCUCAGAAGGACGGUGAAGAUGCAGACGACGACCCUGACCACCCAGGUGUCAGAGUUCAGAAACUGAUGGAGGAGGACCCGGCCUUCAGGAGAGGGCGCCUCCGCUGGCUGAAGCAGGAACAGCAGCGGAUUCAGAACCUGCAGAAACAAAACAUUACCAAGAAACUGCGAGGACAAAACCAAAGCCAAGGUCAGAACGCUCCCAUGGUCCCGAUUCAUCUUCCUGGGACGGGCCGCUUCAUCCCUCCCCAGGAAUGUAAGCUCAAGUUCCCUUUCAAGAGUAACCCCGCCCACCGUUUGUCAUGGGGACCAGCCAGCGAGGCCCUGCUGGCACUUGGUCUGGGGGAGGGAGGAGGGGAGGGUGGGGAGCAAAGGGAAAACAGAGAAGGAACAGAAGGUUCUCCUCCUCCCCCUCAGGGUCCGCCUCCUCCUCUCCUGCCUCUUCCUUUCAUGACUCCACCUCCUCGAAUGCGGACACCUAGCCCUCAUCGGGCCUGGCAACAGCGUAACCAAGGUAACCAGGGCAGCUUUACCUUCAACCAACAAGGAAACAAUCAGAACUUCCAGAGACGCUACCGCCGCAACUCCCUGGAUAGCUCCUCCCACAGUAACCAUGACAACAACCAGCAGUAUGACGGAGGCAAAAAUGGUCACCAGGGGCGGCCGCGGCAAAGGCAAGGGAUGUCACCAAGAGGAGGGGAGAGGGGAGGAAGGGGAGGUGGAGGAAGCAGAGACAGAGAUGGGGGGUUCUACUAUAAUCAGCGCCUGCACCAUCAGUACCACCCUCACCCCUACUUCAACCCCCAAAAUGGACCAUUCCAGCCAGGACUCCCCAACUACCACAGCCUGCCCCGCCCUGGAGCCCCUCCCCUUACACCCGACAUACUCUUGGGGGUAGGGCCACCACCGGUUGCAUGGGGCUUCACCACCCCACCUCGGAUGAGACGGCAGUUUAGUGCACCGGACCUCAAAAACAACAAGGAAACUCCGAUCUGAGGCCCGCCACACGGAAGCCUCCGAUUGGCUGCAGGAUGCACGGGGAUCCUCAUGCUGUAGAAAAGAGAGAGAGAGAGAGAGAGAGAGUGUGUGUGUGUGUGUGUGUGUGUGUGUGUGUGUUUGUGUUUCAGCACUUUUACCGAACAGUCUGUUUCACACCCAAAAGUAACAUCACACACAUCUAGAGUCUGUCCUGCUGUGUUUGUGUGUGAGUAUGUGUGUGUGUCAUUGCACAGGUGAGCUGUUGCCACAGCAACACAGUUUUAGGGGUUUUAUCUCUGCGCUGCUGGUGGUCAGCUGGGAUCUGGGUUUUAAUCGUUGAUUUAUUUUAAUCUGCUGGUUCUUAACAAAGCGUCUGUUGCUGUUAGCUAAAACCCCCAAAUAAGGCUGGUUCAAAAUCAUGUUUAGUUCAUUUGCAGGAUGAUGAUAGCCAGUGAGCUUUAGCUCUGUUAGCAUGUUACCUUUGGUCCAUUAGCCGGUUAGCUUUGGCUCUGUUAACAUGUUAUCUUUGGCCCAUUAGCUAGUCACCUUUGGCUCCAUUAGCUAGUCACCGUUGGCUCCAUUAGCAUGCUACCAUUGGCCCAUUAGCCAGUCACCGUUGGCUCUGUUAGCAUGUUGUCUUUGGUCCAUUUAUCGGUUAACUUGGGUUUCGCUAGCAUGUUAGCUUGAGCUCUGUCUCUUCCCACAGUCAUAAAUGUAAGAUCUGAAAAAGUCUUCAGAUAAUUUUUUGAAGAAGUUUUGUAAUAUUUGGUGUUUCCGGCACCCUGGAGGCACCUGAAGGAACAGCAUAGUCACUGUUGGAAAUUCAGUUUGUUUAAGUUUUAUUUUGAAAUAAUUUUCUCCUGGGUGCUUCCUGAACAAACAUGUCCUGGAGGCUGGGAUUUCUUAUUUCUUUUGAACGCUGCAAUGCUAAGUGCUUUAAACCAAAGAGAGCUGCUCUGCAGCGCCUCCUGCAGGCACUUGGAGGACGAGGCGUGUGAGUGAAACGUUGCACCUGAGACGAGUGUGUCGUGUUCUGAACUGUGUGUAUAUUUGAGGUGUUUCUGAAUUUUAAAACAUGAAAUAUGUUGAUGGUGUGUUCACUGUCACAGGCAAUCAUAGGAAAUGUGAGUGAUGGAGUCAUUAGAAUAUGCAUUUGUUUUAGAGAUGGGGAUGAUGGAAGAAGGGGAAUCUGGUUGAUGUAGGGCUGUGGAGGAGAGUAUUCUGGGAGAUGUAGUGAGCUUCGGAAGGCCGCGAGAGGACAGUGAGUUCUUAAAGAAUCUGAGAGGAGAUGAAUGUGUUACUGACGCUACAUGUUUAGAGCAAUGCAUCCUGGGAGAUGAGUUCCUAGGUGCUCUGACUGACAUGUUUUCAUUCUACAUGGCUGGACCCAACCAGACAACGAGAGCGCUGCUUUGUGCUGGGACGGCGUCGCCUACCAUGACAAAACAUAAUAAUUGAUUUUGAUUGGAUUGGGCAGUAUGACAUCAGUCACAUUUAAUUUCUGCUGACCAAUCACAGGACAAUCCUGAAAGCUGCUGGGGCUGAUGGGAAACAAAGUUUCCUCUUUGUGCUUUUUAACAGUUAUUUUCUUCUUUGUUGUUUUCUCCAGUUUGGGCUUCUGAUUGGUUGUUUGUGUACUUGUGGGAAUUUCAGCCCCUCCUGCUUCAGAAUUCGGUUUAUGAUGUCAUCAUUUAUAUUAAUAUAAUUAUAAUAAAGUUUUUGUCUAUGAAAUUUGUUUUUUUGGAUGCUGCUAAAGCAAGCUUCUUUUCUGUUGUGUAACGUGCGUGUGUGUGUUCAUGCGUGCAUGUGUGUGUAUGUUAUUUGUUUAAUUUAGCAUCAUAACCUAAAGCCUGUUUUACUUUAUAAAGCUGACUUUUUUCUUUUUACGAUGUGUUUUUGUUGUUGUGGAGGAGAUGCAUCCUAAAGGGUUGUCAUGGUGACCUGAUUUCAGUACCCCUCCCCCCCCACUUUAGUUCGCCUCUGCUCCAGUGAACCCCUAGAAUCUGUGACAUCACAGCAUGAGUGCCCCUCCAGGACUGGAGCAGCAACAUGGACAGGAUGACAUCAUGACAUAAACCUUCCUCUUGACCCAGAGGUCCUGGGUUUUUGUUGUUGUGUGUCAUUUCAGGAACCAAUCUCAGGCACUGCUUACAGACAACGUGAUGGCAAUAAAGUGUAAGAAUCAAAAAGUC